AUGCCUCCGAAAAAGAAGAAUAAGGGGCGUCACGCCGCGGCAGACGACGACUCCCCUCCUGUCCCGGAGCCAAUCAUCUUUGAUGGCUGGACCGACGAGCAGGAGACGACCCUGUUCAAAGCGAUCGCUGUUUACCGUUUAAAGCCCGCAGGUAAUUAGCUGCGCGACACGAUCGCAUUCCACUCGUCUAAUAGGAAUGUCGUAUAGGGGUACACAAGCACUUUCGCAUAAUCGGCAUCGCCGAAUUAAUGAAGAACCAUGGAGUCUCCGACACCCAUACCAACAUCGAGGGCAUCUGGCGCAAGCUAAAAUCGCAGUAUAACCUCGAGGGUUUGGACGAGCGCGUACGUAUUACUACUCUUUCACCUGUAUUCCGAAACUGAGAUUUGUGGACAGGAGGACAUUGAAGACGAUUUGGACACUCCGGAUCCCUCGAGCGAAUUUGCGCUUCCGGCCGACGAAUACGGGGCACUCAUGUUCUCCCGACGAUCCGACCCCAACAGUAUCGACAGCCCACUUACCAUUGUUCCCCAGACUUUCUGGGCGACCGGGACGAAGGGGAAGAAGGGCGGGAGAGGCGCGCGAAGCGAGUCCGUUGUUUCGGGUGCUAGGACCGGAACUGCUAGUGUCAAUCCGGACGAGACGGAGGAUGGUGUGGUAUAUUUCUACAGUCUCCAUGUUCCAACUUCUAACCUCAAUUGUGAUACCACAGAAUCCAUGAGAUCAGCCUCUCCGGUGCCUACCAAGACCAAGAAGAGCGCUGCCAAAGCCGGCACCCCAUCGACUUCUACGACCACCACCACCGCCUCCCGGCGAAAGCCCCCUGUCAGAAAGAAGGGUUUGGUUGCCAAAGCUAAACCCAGUCCUAAACGGAAGCCCCCCGCUAAACCCGCUUCUAGUGAAGAAGAGUCGAAUGCCUCCGACGAUGAACUCUCCGAUUUGCCCGAUGACGUAGACGGUGACGAGGGCGCAGGUACCGUCGGAGAGACCGAAGUUGGCGAGGAGGAAGAGCCGGAGGCGGCGGCGGAGAGUGAGACGGGAGAAAGUACCACGGCCGCCGGCACUCCACCACCGGCCCCGAAGAAGAGAGGGAGGAAACCAGGAUCCAAAAAGGCAGUUCCUCCCCCUCCAAAGAAAGGUGCCAAGAAAGGGGAUGUCAGAAGGAGCUCGAGGAGGAAAUAG